AUGUUUUUCCUGGAUUUUGAUUCCACUGGUUCCGUCCGCGAACAGGAAAACUCCCGAGGGUUGACAGCCUUGGAAGUAGCAAAACCCGAAUUCCUCAUCGCUUUUGGAGAAAAUACUGAAAACACGAAAUCUGUUUCCGCUCUUUCCAACUACACCAUUAAGCCAACUGGUUCCUUUGCGUCACUUGCCACAUUUUUCGGAUGGUCAGACUUUAUCACUGCACAAGACGACACUGCAUCACUUUACACUCCUUCGUUUCUCGACGUGGCUGUCACAGCGCAAUUGGUUCUCUCUAACUUUCGUCGAACGUCCCCUAUUGGUCGACACCACGAUGAUCCUGCUUACCUUGCUCAACAGACGAGCUCCUACUCAACAAAGCCAAACUCUUGUGCAACAUUUUCGCGAUAA